AGAAGGUGUGGGCAGAAUGAUUUCAGGGCCCACUUCAUGCUUCCAACAGAGGUCACAAGGCUACCAAAUGUAUGCUGGGGUGAUGGAGAGCGUGGUGUCCUCUUCCGCUGACACCGGGGCGGUAUCAGGAACGAGUGUGGCCCAUUCAAAUGCUCUUCUCUACAAUCUGUCGAUUCUCAAAGAUAAGGUGCAGCAGGUUCAGUCUCUCAUAGACAUCGUCGUCAUUCCCGAUCAUGGUCCACAAGAUUCUACAGCCAUAGCUUUCACAGGGAUGGGCAGCCUCAUUCAAGAGAUCAUCGUCACCGCAUCAUCCAUGAUGUACACUUGCCAGAAGAUGGCCCUCGGUGGCGUUGUCCAGAAUGGUAGGGAUGAAUUGAACCAACAUCAUCACACCAACGAUGUUCCAUCUCAACCAAACAACGUGAUGGGCCAUGAGAUCCAUGGAGAUGAUGGUGGUAGAGGUUUCUUUGAGAGAUACAACGAAGACAAUGAUCAUAAUCACAAUAGUAGCAAAGACAACGAAACGGAAUUCAAUCAUGAGAUUGAAAAGAUGGAUGGAUUACCUGAUUUUCCAUUGAUGAUGACUGACGUUGUGGAAUUGGAUGCUGCUGAACUACUCGCCAAAUACACCCACUAUUGCCAAGUUUGUGGGAAAGGAUUCAAGCGGGAUGCGAAUCUAAGAAUGCACAUGAGAGCACACGGGGAUCAGUACAAGUCUAAUGCAGCUCUGAGUAACCCCAUGAAAGCGGGCCAUGUCCACAACUCCUUAAUCAGCUCCUCUAGAAAAUAUUCAUGUCCCCAAGAAGGGUGCAGAUGGAACAAGAAACACAACAAGUUCCAACCAUUGAAAUCGAUAAUAUGUGUUAAGAAUCACUACAAGCGGAGCCAUUGUCCGAAGAUGUAUGUUUGCAACCGAUGCAACCAGAAGCAGUUCUCCCUACUAUCUGACCUCCGAACACAUGAAAAGCACUGUGGGGAUCUCAAGUGGCAGUGCACGUGCGGGACCACCUUCUCCAGGAAGGAUAAGCUCAUGGGCCACGUCUCGUUGUUCGUUGGGCAUGCUCCAGCUGUGAACUUGUUCAGAGACCCAGGGAAAUCCGACCAUUCAUGAGUGGAAGCUCCGCUCAGCGCCAUGAAAGCCCUGCUGAUCAGCUUGAUUUGUGAGAGGAGAAGCUUUGUAAAGAUGCUUGCAUGUAUGUGAGACUUUACACAUGAGAAUCAGAAAAAUAAUUAAGGUGCUACCAAACUUUUGUAUAUUCAUAUAUAUGAUGUUAGGUUUACAUGAAAUAUUAGCUUUGGCAAUGAGAUAGAUUUAGAUGUAUACAGGAUCAUGGCAAUGCGAUAGAUUUAGAUG